CCUUAACACCAUUAACUGCUGUGCUUCAGCCCUUCCAUCCACCUGGGUGUGAGUUCCCUAUUUCCAGCCAUAACCUCUGCCAGGUUUUCUAUCAACUGAAAGGUACUCAGAUGUUUGUCGUAAAUAGUACAAACCCCGGGCAACUGAAAGCAAUCAAUGUUCUUCCUCCGGGUCAGAUGAUGGAUAACAAAGAUCAAUGCAUUCACUUUAAUUCACUGGCUGGUUCAAUGGAAAACACUGCAGUACAUCCAGUGACUGGUUUCCUGGGUAAAGUGUUACCUAUGUCAACACCACAAUCAUCAGGCCUGAAUAUACAACAGCUGCAUCAAGCACCUGGUGGUCCAGUCACCGAAACCGGUAAUCUUAGCACAGAGCCGUGUGUCCAUAUCCCUUUCACUAUAUCUCUUACAAGAUUGCCAAUAUUGACAACAGACUCAAGGUCUAAAAAGCCGUGCAAUUGCACCAAGUCCCAGUGCCUCAAACUGUAUUGUGAUUGCUUUGCCAAUGGAGAGUUUUGCAGUAAUUGCAACUGCACUAACUGUUUCAACAACUUUGAGCAUGAAGCAGAAAGGUUCAAAGCAAUUAAGGCUUGUUUAGAUCGGAACCCUGAAGCCUUCAGGCCAAAAAUAGGAAAAGGGAUGCUGGGAGAAAUCAAGUUACGGCACAACAAGGGCUGUAACUGUAAACGCUCAGGAUGUCUAAAAAAUUAUUGUGAAUGUUAUGAGGCAAAAAUAAUGUGCUCCUCUAUUUGCAAGUGUAUUGGAUGCAGAAAUUAUGAAGAGAGUCCUGAGAGGAGAACGCUGAUGAGUAUUCCUGAUCUCAGUGACGUAAACAUUUGUCAGCCUAGAACAAAACUCUUUCCUGAAAUACUCAACUAUGGAAAACAAGUGAAAAUGACCAGAGAGCGGCACCCUUUCACUUUUAUCACUUGGGAUGUUAUUGAUGCAACCUGUGGCUGCCUCUUGGCCCAGGCAGAAGAAGCAGAGAAAGCUCAUCAUUCAGUCUGUGUUGCAGAACAUAUGAUCCUGGAAGAAUUUGGCCGUUGCUUGGCACAAAUUCUACAUUUAGAAUGGAGAGCAGAAGAAAUGCAAUGCCUGUGA